ACCAUCUUAAGCCAUCUUAAGCCACUUGAAACGAAGUAUUUAAUAUAUUUAUUGCAACGUCAAUGACCGAACUAAUAACGCAAAGUCCGUUCUCAGAUGUCAAAUACAGUUAACCUUUAUAUGAACUACUUGUAUUAUCAAUUUAUCAGCGCGUACGUAACGACGAAUAAGCUUAUUAUAAUUAUAUGUCUUUUUAGUAGUACAACAGCUCCGACGGAAACAUGUACGCCGUAUUUUGUCUUAUUUUGAUUUCGAAUUACGCUUUUGUUCAGGGCGAGUUUGUAUUCAAGAAAAAAUGUAGAGAUGUGGACACUUCAUUGUGUACCGUUCAUAACGUGAUGGUUGAACCUUGUGGCGAAGGCCCGAUCUUCUGCGCUCUCAAGAAGAAUAAGCCUUACAGCAUAAGCUUAGACGUUACUCCACACUUUUCUGCGAAUAAAUUGCACGCAGUCAUAAAGGGAGACGUCCAAAACCAAAACACUUUCUCGACUACCUUCACGAGAUCAGCAGAGUACAAUGACCUACUGGACAAUACUUUAUCGGAAGGGAAGCGAACACACAUACAACUCCAGUUGGCUGUGGACAAACGCGCCUCUGGCAAAUUCCCAUUGGAAGUUCGCGUUUGGGACGAGGAUGAUACGUCUCAUGUUUGUUGCUCAAUAUUUACGGUUAAAAUCAGAUAAGUUAUGUAAUUCUUGUGAAAAUAUAUUAUCAUGUAAUAACGGUAAAUAAAAAGUUGUUUCAGUAAUAAUUAAAUUUGAAUUGUAAAUAUUAUAUAUUAUCAAGUAAUAAUAGUAAAUAAAACGUUGUUUCAAUAAUAA